UCCGGCUUCAGAUCAGAGGAUCGAGCAGGAGAGCUCAUCUAUCGCUUCAGCAUGAUCAAGAAAAUGUCAUCGUCGGAGAACGAGUUCAACAUACCGGCCAAAAACCGCCACCGGAUGGUGAUUUUGGGUUCCACUAAAGUUGGGAAGACAGCUAUCAUCUCCCGGUUUCUCAACGAGAGGUUCGAUGACCAGUACACGCCAACUAUCGAGGACUUUCACAGGAAAUUCUACAGCAUAAGGGGAGACGUUUACCAGCUGGACAUUCUGGACACAUCUGGAAACCACCCGUUCCCCGCCAUGAGGAGGCUUUCCAUCCUCACCGGUGAUGUGUUCAUCCUGGUGUUCAGUUUGGACAGCAGAGACUCCUUCCAGGAGGCGCAGCGCUUGAAGCGGCAGAUCCACGAGACCAAAUCGUGCCUGCGCAGCAAAACCAAAGAGAACGUGGAUGUGCCGCUGGUCAUCUGCGGCAACAAGUGCGACAGGGACUUUUACCGUGAGGUGCAGGAGGAGGAGAUCGAGGAGCUGAUUGGCGGAGACGAGCACUGCGCCUACUUUGAGAUCUCGGCCAAGAAGAACACCAACGUGGAUCGCAUGUUUCAGAGUCUCUUCACCAUGGCCAAGCUGCCCGACGAGAUGAGCCCCGACCGCCACUGUAAGGUGUCGCUGCAGUUCUGCCAGGUUCUGCGCGCCAAGUCCUUCAGACACAAGAAAUGUAAAGACAGGAACGCGUACGGGAUUGUGGCGCCGUGUGCGCGCAGGCCAAGCGUGCACAGUGACUUGAUGUACAUCAAAGAGAAAACUGUCGGGGGCAGCCAGACCAAAGAGAAGGGCUGCAUCAUAUGCUGACUGACAGCCUGCUCGGACUUUGUGACGUUGAACCAUAUGUGAGACACGUGACCUCAGCACAAUGGCUGUUAAAAAAAAAUAAAUACUUGACCACAGCAGCAUUGAAAUGUUUACAUUCCGUUUUUUGUUUUUUCAACUUGAAUGUUUGUUGCAUUUUGAACAAAAUUUAACCAUGUGUAUUUAUUAUGGAAAACUUUUGUAUAAGAGAGAAAAUAAAAACCUCACUUU